ACAGAAAUGGCCCUAUUCAUCUUCAUAACCUUACAGCUUUUACUGGAGGUUUUAUUGCAAGCAUCAACAGAAAAUGUGACAUCUCUUUCUGACAGUGUCUCAGUUAUGGCCACAGGUCUGGCUGUUGUCACAUCUUUGCCGCCGACCCCAGAGAACGACAUAUAUACACUGACCAUCAAUGAAAUCUCUGAAGCUUCAACAGAUUUGGCGAUAACAUCCAGUGCCGAAGUCAUGACAGAUUCAGAAACCAAUAUGCCUAAUCUAACCACCAAACACAACUUCAACAGUUCUGCAAAUACCAUCCUGGAAUCGACUACACUUAUUGAUACUACAGAACACACAUCAGUUUUCACAUUGAUAACUAAAGGCCUUGAAAGUGAAAACAAGUCAAACAAAAGAAUGUUCUUCUUUGUUGCUGUGGCUGCGACUGGAGGAGGAAUUUUCCUGACUGGACUCAUUGGCAUCUUAAUGUACGGAUAUACACGAAAACCAAAGGCUCAGAGCAUCUGGUUUGAAUCCAGACAUAAAAAACAAGAAGUUUCUUUGCCAGUGGCCGGUUCAGACUCAAUUGAAGAGGAAGAUUCGGUUGUUUACUCAACCGUAAAGUUCAUAGAGUCCACCUCUCCAACAGCAGAGAACACUGAAGAGUCAAAUCCAACUGAGCAAGAAUCAAAUGCUUUAUUUUACACCAUCCUCACCCAGCCACCCGUCUCCAGUGACUGCGAGACUGUCUACAGUCAGGUGACAGUCCUCUGACAGAAUCCAGCUAUCACAAACCAUUCAACUCAACCCAGAACUCAUAAUAAUUGUAACCAUCAAAUGCAUGCCUUUUUUGGUAAAAUCUUAUGCUUUUUUUAACAACACAACCUCACAACUUUCACAAGUGUCAUAUGUCACAAACUUCUGAUCUUACAGUACAUGCCUUUUAUAGUAAAUGUUAACCUUCUGCUUUUAAAACAACACAUCCCCCUAACCUUUCACAGGUUGUACGUCAAACUUUCAUUUCAUUUGUGCUUUGGGUUGUUCUACAGUACAUGUAGCCACAUCAAAAUACACUUGACAUCAAUGUGCAUACUGGUAAGCAAUCAUAAGACUCUCUCUCAUUUUUCAUCUGCUUUGAAUGUUAUCACUCCAAUGAAUGGACGUUAUCAGCUGAUAAAUAUGAGCCAGUAAGAGCCUUCUGUGCCUACUGGUAGGCUCAGAAGGGUGUUAUCAUGCAUCCACAUGGUUAAUCAGCUAUACUAAUAGAGAAGACUCCAGAUCCAGAUCUGUUUUUACAUUACUGUGACGGUAGGGUUUAGGGUUUGGGUAGGGGUAGAAGUUAACAGAAUAUAACAGAAUGGGAAAUUUUAUAAAUAAUAUAAAUAAUUCUUGUUAACUUCCGGCCAUAGCUGUAUGUGAUCUAUAGCUGAUUAACCAUGUGGAUGGAUGAUAACAGUCUUCUGAGCCUAACAGUAGGUGCAGAAGGCUCCUACUGGCCCAUAUCUAUCAGCUGAUAACCACUGAUAACACCCAUUCAAUCGAGUGAUAACAUUCGAAUCGGCUGAUGUUUGUCCUGCUGGUUUUCACUUGAUUUUCACCAUUUGAAGCACUAUUUUGUAUUUUAUUCUUCUCUUUUUCUAAAAUUAAGGUGUAAAAUGUCUGCCUUUGUUUUGUUCCAAUGGUCUCAUGAGCUUUGCUUGUCAAAUUAAACUUGCAUUGCUUAACCAUUUAUAAACACAUUUUCUGAUCAUACAAUCUUAUAAAAAUCAACAUUUUGUUUAAUAUUUCAUUGUUUACAGCUGGAUUAAGUAAUAGUUCACACAUCCAAAGACUUCUGUUAUUAAACCAAUGGUCUAAAUGUUUGUUUCUUACUCAGGUUGCAUCAUGGGUUAC